CUUCGUAUUCAAGCUAAUGGAUGAAAUGAAGGUAUCCAACUCAUCUUUAAGAGUGUGUCUGCUUCCUGGUUCCGUGGUUAACUUCUUUGGGUCUUCUCUUCUAUUACUAUUUCUCUUUGUCGGAGAAGGUGUAACUACAGAAUACUGAAGGAGAUGUCGGACUGGGGCCCAGUUUUCGUGGCGGUGGUGCUGUUCGUAUUGUUAUCGCCGGGGUUGCUGAUUCAGGUACCAGGUCGGAACCGAUUCAUUGAAUUCGGAAACUUACAAACCAGUGGUGUAUCCAUAUUCGUUCACUCCAUUCUCUACUUGGCUCUUAUCGCCAUCUUCUUGUUAGCUAUUGGAAUCCACGUCUACCUUGGUUCUUAAACAUUCCGACAGUCGGCACACCACCCACCACACGGUGGUAUUCCGUAUUCGUCCCUUUCGGAUCUAGGGUUUCCGAAUUUGCUUUGUAUUGUUGUUGUUUCAUUUCUCUGUUCAUUGUAAUAAGCCCUAAUGAGGACUGAUAUGUUGUUGUAAGCUACAAACGAUUUAAUUGAUUUGGCGGAGAGUAUCUCUGUGUCUAUGUGUUUUUUUCCUAAGCUUAGCAUACGAAACAUUUUGUGGAGUUUGUGAUCUCCUUUUCUUC